CACAUCGUAAAUCCAGCAGCGAAGGAGCGACACUACAGAAGGGCGACAAAAUGGCGCUACUCUUAAGGUCGUUGGCUCGGCAGGGUUUGUGUGUGUCCCGCCCACAGUUCUGCAUCUACAGACAUGCUGUUCCCAUGGGAACCAGUGCAAAAGAGGAAAUGAAUAAAUUCUGGGCCAAAAACAGCAGGCUGAAACGGCCCAUGUCUCCCCACAUCACAAUCUACAGGUGGUCCAUCCCUAUGGCGAUGUCUAUCAUUCACAGAGGCACAGGGGUGGGGCUUAGCACAGGUAUCUCUCUGUUUGCGGUGGCUGCACUGGUACUGCCAGGUGAUUUCACCUCCAACCUGGAGCUCAUCCACUCCCUGUCUCUGGGCCCUGCCCUCAUCACUGGUGCCAAGUUUGCCCUGGCAUUCCCGGUGGCCUACCACACCUUCAACGGCAUCCGUCACCUGCUGUGGGAUGUGGGGAAGGGCUUUAAGAUCCCGGAGGUGUACCGCUCGGGGUAUGUGGUCAUCGUGCUGUCCCUACUGUCAUCCCUCGCACUCGCCGCCCUUUGACCUGCUGGGAGUAACGGAGCAAAGGGGAAGUUAUUCACUUUAUAUCUGUCUGAAAAGC